CGGUGGACAUUGCUCUUCCUCGUGGACGUGCGCGAAUGGAGGGAUGCGAUGGGGGUGGCCGUGCUGUGCUGUCGCGGACGGCGAGGACAGCUGUCACGGCGGCUGCCGUUGCCGUAGUCCGUCGAUACGAAGCGGAGAGGGCGGCGGGCCGCAUGAAGGCAGUGCUUUCCAGGCGGCGACACAGGCUUCUGCUGCAGAGGGUGUUGGACGCCCCGGACUGCAUCACGACUUCGGAGGCCGUGGUUCAGCUGUGCUCUGCAAUCGGCUCCGGUGUGCUUCCCAGGGCGACGCCACGUUGUUGGAUGAGGCGGAGAACUGGCGGGACUUGGGAGGAUUUGCGGGUGUGCGAUGACGCGACGGAUGACUACUUCCGGGAAAAGCUCUGCAUGUCGAGGAGAGUGUUCAUGGAGAUCACCGAAGCCUCUGCGCCUCAUUUGCAACGACAGGUCACGUUUUACAGGGAGCCGCUUCAGCCGGAUCAGAUCGUGGUGUACGCGCUGUAUAGGUGGGCAACAGGAGAGUCGUACGACAACAACACAUCAUCGUUCAACAUUGGUAGAGCAUCCGGAGUUCGAGCCGUGCGCGAUGUGACAGCCGCGUUGUUGAGGGUCUACGGGGACAAGAUAUCGUGGCCGACGGGGGUGCGUAAACACGUGGUGCUACGAGCGUUUCAGGACAAGGGCUUUCCCAACUGCCAUGGCGCAGUUGACUGCACACACAUCUACGUGGACAAACCGGCAAUCGCUCCGAGCGAGAACUACUUCGACCACAAGCACCGUUUCUCCGUCAUUGCGCAGGUGGUGGUGGACCUGGAUCUGCGUGUGCUUGACGUCUUCGUUGGCUACACUGGCAGCUGCCACAACAUUCGGGUGAUCCAGCUGUCAAGUUUGUCGAAGUGCGCGGAAGAGGGAACGCUUUUUCGCGGGCCGCCUAUAACGCUGCCAGGAGGGGUGAGGACGAACGGAUACAUCUUGGGCGACAACGGGUAUCCUCCUUCAGAAUGGAUAGUGGUGCCGUACGGAGGAAUCAAUCAGCACCCGGACGAGGAAAGAAGUUGUGGACGACAUGGCGAUGAGCAAUAACAAGAGCAUGAGAAUAGAAGCUGUGGACGCGAUUCAGACGAUCAUUAUCGAUUAUCGUGCAUGAUAAACCCGCAUACAACAG